UUUUUUCUUUCUUCCAUCUGUUCUUUUCUUUCCUUUUCUUUUUACGUUUUGGAUCACCUAAUUCUUUCUACAUGUGAGAAAUAAAUCAAAUUUUGGUCUACGCCAGCUGUCUUUCUUGGAUAUGAUAGCCAUUUUUCACACUCUCUUCGGAAUCGAACUCUAAUUCUGCAUCACCCGUCACUACCAUAGUAGGUCCCUAAAUGAAGCUUGUGUGACCUUUUUUGUUUUGUCAAAUUCACAGCUUGUUUCAUUGCGAGAUCACCCAAUACGUGAAGAGCGCCCUCUUAUUUAUCAUCUUGAUGUUGCUGCAAUGUAUCCAAAUAUCAUUUUAACAAAUAGACUCCAGCCACCAUCUAUAGUUACAGAUGUGGACUGCACAGCAUUAGAUUUCAAUCGUCCUGGCAAAAAUUGCCUCAGAAAGCUUGAAUGGGUCUAGCGAGGAGAGACCUACAUGGCAAAAAAGAAUGACUAUUAUCACAUAAAGAGGCAAAUUGAGUCAGAGCUGAUUCAAUCUGGUGGUAUCGCAUCUUCAAAGCCUUUUAUUGACCUCUCAAAACCUGAACAUUUACUUAAACUAAAGGAUUGUUUAAAGAAAUAUUGCCAAAAGGCACACAAAAGAGUAGUUGAUAAACCAAUUACAGAAGUUAGAGAAGCUGGAAUAUGCAUGCGUGAAAAUUCAUUCUAUGUAGACACAGUACGAAGCUUUCGUGAUAGAAGAUAUGAAUACAAAGGUCUUAACAAAACAUGGAAAGGAAAAUUGGCAGAAGCUAAAUCCAGUGGAAAUUCUAUGAAAAUUCAGGAAGCGCAGGACAUGGUUGUUCUAUAUGAUUCUUUGCAACUUGCUCACAAGUGCAUAUUGAAUUCAUUUUAUGGAUAUGUCAUGCGCAAGGGAGCAAGAUGGUACUCUAUGGAAAUGGCUGGGGUAGUUACAUAUACUGGUGCGAAGAUUAUCCAAAAUGCUCGGUUACUUGUAGAAAAAAUUGGAAGGCCACUGGAACUGGAUACAGAUGGCAUUUGGUGUGUUUUGCCUGGUUCUUUUCCAGAGAACUUUACUUUUAAGACAGAAGCUGCGAAGAAGCUAACAGUAUCUUAUCCCUGUGUCAUGCUUAAUGUUGAUGUUGCGAGAAAUAACACUAAUGAUCAAUAUCAAACGCUGAAAGACCCAGUAUAUAAGCUAUAUACAACACACAGUGAGUGUUCCAUUGAAUUUGAGGUCGAUGGACCUUACAAGGCCACACCACACAGUCAUGUCUAGAGGUCACGGUGUAGCGAAGCUUUAUUUCAACUGCGAUCAAUGUGGAGCAGCCCUAUCUGAUGGGGCUUUUUCAGUUAUAAUUUCUUUUUACUUCGCCAAUCAUUUUUCUCUUAGCAUUCUAGUUUUGUCUUUCUAUUGACAUUGUUUUCUUUUUCAUUUUUAUUUUUUAUCAGUGCGACAAAACAUUUUCUAUGGAAGAAAGCUGUCGAUGUCUACUUUGUUGUACAUGCAC